AACAAAGUGACAGACAACAAAAUUGACAAUUUUGUCCUUUUCCCCAAUUAUUUUAAUCAUACUCGUGAAUCAGUAACAUGAAAAAAAACAGUGUUACUCAGUUUUUUCUCACCAUUAUAAACCCAAAAACUCUCCAUUUUACAACCCUUAAAACCCAAAAACUUAGCAUGAUCUUUUAUCCUUUUCAUGAAAAAAACCUCCAUUUUCAACCCUUAAAAACCAAAAAGUUUUGAUCUUUUAUGAAUAAUCACCAUUUUCAACUCUUAAAAUCAAAAAAGAUUUGAUCUUUUUACAAAAAAAUCACAAUUUUUAACUAAAAAGAUGCUAACUUCAAGGCUAAUCCCAACAAUCAACCCAAAUCUCAAUGACACAACAUCACCACCUCACCGGAGAUUCACCGGAGUUAGAAUCUCCGGCACCGGAAGAACUGCAAGGAUGAGUAAGAAGGUGACACGUGGGAGUGGGAUGAGUGUGAGAGCAGUGAUCAGCAGUGGUGACAGGACAGUGGAUUCAAGUGCACCCUCAGCAAUGGAAGUCAAAGAUGGAAGUGGAAAGUCAACGUUAUUGGGAAGUGGGAUUCAAGUUAAGGCAAUUGUUACAAUUAAGAAGAAGAUUAGACAAAGAUUAGUUGAUAAAGUUGAAGAUCAGUGGUUUAACUUUCUUAAUAGCAUUGGUCAAGGGAUUUUCCUUCAGCUUAUUAGUGAGCAGAUUGAUCCUGACACAAAUUCAGGAAAGACAGUAGAGGCUUACGUGAACGAGUGGCGGCCUAGUUCAUCAGAACAAUCAUACAUUGAUGAAUAUACCGCGAAUUUUACAGUCCCUAAUGACUUUGGAAAUCCUGGAGCUAUCCUCAUUACUAAUAAGUACAGUAGAGAAAUCUAUUUGGUUGAGAUUGUUCUUGAUGGAUUCGACUUUGGACCUGUUUACUUCCCUGCAAAUUCAUGGAUUCACUCCUGUAAAGACAACCCUGAUAGCAGAAUUAUCUUCAGAAAUCAUACAUACUUACCAUCAGAAACACCACCGGGAAUCAAAGAUCUGCGAAGGGAGGACUUGAUUAGUCGGCGUGGUGAUGGGAAAGGAGAAAGGAAGUUACAUGAGUUGGUUUAUGAUUAUGCUCCAUAUAAUGAUUUGGGUAAUCCUGAAAAAGAUGAUGACCUGUUUAGGCCUGUUCUUUCUGGUUCUGAACGACCUUAUCCAAGGCGCUGUCGCACUGGAAGACCUCCUAUGAAAUCCGUUCCGGAAUGUGAGAGUAGAUUGGAGAAACCUCAUCCAGUAUACGUUCCACGAGAUGAAGCUUUCGAAGAGAUGAAACAGACAACAUUUUCUACUGGAAGACUGAAAGCUGUUUUGCACAAUUUAGUACCUCAGAUUGCAGCUGCUUUGGCUAGUUCAGAUAUCCCAUUCACCUGUUUUUCUGACAUUGACAGCUUAUAUAACAAAGGUUUUAUAGUACAAGAAGGCGAUGUAACUCAACAGAUUAAUAAAUUUAAGAACAUGCUCAACAUGGGUGAUAGGAUCUUCAAGUAUGAUAUCCCUGCUGUUAUCAAAAGUGAUAGAUUUUCAUGGUUGCGAGAUAAUGAAUUUGCACGGCAGGCUUUAGCAGGAGUGAAUCCUGUGAACAUUGAACUUCUGAAGGAAUUUCCUAUUAAGAGCAAACUGGAUCCAGCUGUUUAUGGCCCUGCAGAGUCCGGGAUCACAAAGGCAUUACUCGAGAAAGAACUGGAUGGAAUGAGUGUCGAAGAGGCCAUUGAAACCAAAAAGCUGUUCAUAAUAGAUUACCACGACCUCUUACUUCCGUUUGUGAACAAGAUAAACGCCUUACCAGGAAGAAAAGUGUAUGCAUCUAGAACGAUUCUUUUCUAUACUAGUGCCGGGACUCUAACACCUAUUGCAGUCGAGCUAUCACUUCCUCCGAAUGAUUCUUGUCCGGCAUUUAAUCGUGUUUAUACUCAUGGACAUGAUGCAACAAGCUAUUGGAUCUGGAAGUUAGCCAAAGCCCAUGUUUGUGCUGUUGAUGCAGGCGUGCAUCAACUGAUAAAUCACUGGUUGAGGACUCAUGCUAGUGUGGAGGCUUACAUAAUUGCUACUAAUAGACAGCUUAGUCAAAUGCAUCCUAUUUACAAACUCCUGCGUCCACAUAUGAGAUACACUAUGGAAAUCAAUGCUCUUGCUCGACAGAGCUUGAUUUGUGGAGGAGGUAUUAUUGAGGCCUCUUUUACCCCUGGAAAGUAUGCUAUGGAGAUCAGCUCCGCUGCGUACAAGAGUAUGUGGCGGUUUGACAUGGAGGCACUGCCAGCUGAUCUACUCCGGAGGGGAAUGGCAGAAGAGGAUCCUACAGCACCUGGUGGAGUAAAACUAGUGAUUGAAGACUACCCUUACGCUGCUGACGGCCUUCUCAUAUGGUCUGCCACAAACGAAUGGGUCGAAUCCUACGUUUCACACUUCUACCCCGACUCCACUACCAUAACCUGUGAUACUGAGCUCCAAGAAUGGUGGAAAGAGGUCAAGAACAAAGGCCACGCCGACUUAAAAGACGAACCAUGGUGGCCUAAACUCCAAUCCAAGCAAGACUUAACCAGAAUACUAACCACAAUAAUCUGGGUUGCUUCAGGUCAACAUGCAGCCAUAAACUUCGGACAGUACCCUUUCGGAGGGUACAUUCCCAACCGCCCUACACUCAUGCGACAGCUCAUCCCUCAAGAAAACGAUCCCGAAUAUGUAAAAUUCCUAAAAAGCCCCCAAGACACAUUCCUCUCAUCUCUGCCUUCUAAACUUCAGGGUACAAAAGUGAUGGCUGUACAAGAUACUUUGUCAACACAUUCACCAGAUGAAGAGUAUUUAGGGCAAGAACAUGGUCAUUGGACUGAUGAUCAACAGGUUAGAAACAUGUUCAACAAAUUCGCCUCUCGUUUGAAGGAAGUUGAAGAGAUAAUAAAUCAAAGGAAUAAGGAUUUUAAUCUUAGGAACAGAACUGGUGCUGGUGUUCCUCCUUAUGAACUGCUUAUACCGACUUCUGGUCCUGGUGUUACAGGCCGUGGCAUCCCUAAUAGCAUUUCUAUCUGAACAGUGUAUAUGUAUAUGUAUACUACAACUAUUACUUCAUAUUCUUUCUUGCAAAAAUACUGUAUCUUCUGGUAUACCUAGAUAUUUCAAUACUUCAUAGUUUUAUUUUUUCUGUAUGCAUUCGCAUUUAAGAAAACAGAACAUAUCAGACAGUAAUGAAUAUCAUGAACUUGAAUAUUCUUCA